UGUAACCGUUCUGAAGGGUGAGAGCAUUUUUAACCGGAUUAUUAAAGUACGUUCGCUGAUUUUUCUGAUAAAUUCAAAUAAAAGCACCGGAAAACCGUCAAUAUUUUAUACUUCUAACAACUAAAUAUUGUGCAAGGCGUACUUUAAAACGCUUUACAAUUCAUAAUUACGUAAUUUUGCUUCUUCAUGGUAAUAUGGAUGCUUGACCCAGGUUUAUCAGCUGGCUUAGCUAGCUAUUAUUUUCAUCAGGCAUAGUUCUCCUGUAAACGGUUUUGUGAUGAAUAGAACACCUUCAGUUGAAGCAAUGGCAGUAAAAGAAAAGCAAAAGGAUGUGCCACAGUCAAAUAUCUUUAUCUUUGAUGAUACUGCUUAUCGGGAAACAAUAUUUGACAACUUGAAUAAGCUUCGCAAGAACAAACAAUUUUGUGAUGUUACUUUGCAGGUUGGAGCAUCUCAAGAUGUGAGAGAAGUAUAUGCACACAGAGCUGUUUUAGCUUGUGCCAGUCCUUAUUUGUUUGACUUAUUUACUGCUGAAACAAAAGGCAGUAGGAACCAAUAUAAACUGAAUGGCUCUUUUGAUUUUGAGGCAUUUGAAUGCCUGGUGGAUUAUGCAUAUAUAGGCAGGCUUGAGGUUCCUCCAAAGCUGGUAAAAGCUACAUAUGUUGCUGCAACUAAGCUUCGUAUGUUUUCAGCUGCAAAGCAAUGUGGCAAAUACCUUGUGGAAAAUAUGACUCCAGAUAAUUGCAUUGGUUUACGAUCGCUUCCUGGCAUAGCUUCCAACCCUGAUCUUCUGAUAAAAGUGGAUAACUUCAUUCGCCAGAACAUAUCCGAAGUUGCAAAAUCGAAAGAACUUCUUGCUUUACCAACCAUUCCUGUAGAACUGUUGCAGAACAGCCAUGAAGAGAAGAUUGCUACUAAUCUUAAACACAUGUGUGAUAUGGUUCUUGAUUGGGUUAAGGCUAUAACUGAUGACCAAGAUAUCAGUAUUGAUGAUUUAACCCAAAAAGUACAUAUGUUGUAUUUAAACCCUGAUCGUACUCUGCAUGAUUGUAAUGAUAUUGAAAAUGGAGAUCUACAGGAUUCAGAGGUUAUUCAAGAUUAUAAGAAGUUGUCAAGGAAAGUUUCUGUGCCAGGUACUGGAAAAAGUCGACGCAAAAUAUCUCAAGCGCCUGCAAAACCCCGCCAGUUUUUGUAUACAAAAUCAGAUUCUAGUUCUUCAUUAUCAUCUCUCUCUGAUGAAGAAGAUAAAGAUUGGAAACUUAUUGUAACUACUAAUAAUGGAGAAAAUAGUAUGCUAGGUCUUGUAGCAGCAUAUGGGAAGCUGACAGUCUUAUCAAUCGUGCAGAGAGUUCACACUCCAAAUCACAGUCCUCUUUCCUCGCGAAAUUCAUCUGUGGAAAAAAUAAGCACCUAUUCUGUCGUUCCUCCUAUGAGUUCUGCAAGAUGUGCAGUGGGAACAGCUGAACUGGAGGGAAAACUUCUAGUCUGUGGUGGCUAUGAUAGAGGAGAAUGUUUAAAGACUGUUGAAUCGUAUGACUUUUCUACUAAUAAGUGGACAACAAUGCAGCCAAUGAAAGUACCUAGAGGAAGGUUCAAUGCUGCUGUGGUAAAUAACAAAGUGUAUGCUGUUGGAGGUUGUGAUGGUCAAAAAGAAUUAAGUUCUGCAGAAUAUUGGGACCCAGAGAAUAACACAUGGAAACAGCUACCAAAUUUACCAGCUGUUAGGUCACAUGCAGGUGUGUGUAGUAUGGAUAAAAAGUUGUAUGUUAUUGGUGGAUGGAAUGGUCAGCGUGGGAUUACUCGUUGUGAUAUUUUUGAUACAGAAAGUUGCUCGUGGUCCAAUAUGGCACCUCUUUCCACAGGUCGUUAUCAAGCUGGAGUGGGUGCGAUGAAUGGCUAUGUGUAUGCAGUGGGUGGUUGCGAUUCCUGGAAUUGUUUAAGUUCUGUUGAGAAAUACGAUCCAGCGACAGAUACAUGGUGUGUUGUUGCUCCUCUUAAUACAGCAAGACGUGGUUGUGGAUUAGCUGUUUAUGAUGGAAAACUGUAUGCAGUUGGUGGUCAUGAUGGCAUCCACUCUUUGUGCACUGUUGAAAUCUAUGAAUCUGAGACAGAUACCUGGAUUGCUGGACCAUCACUAACAUGCUGUCGUGCAAAUGUUGGCGUAAGUGUGGUGGGAAAUCGCUUGUUUGCUGUAGGUGGCUUUAAUGGAAAAACUUUCCUCAAUACUGUUGAAUAUCUUGACCGUGAGAACAAUGAAUGGACUUCAUUUGUGCCAAGAGAGCAUGGUUCUUGUAAUUCCACCAUCAAAAAUGGCUCUACAGACUGUGAUUCAACUAAUAAUGGACUCAAUGGAAUUGUACAUGAUGAGCCAGCUCACUGAUUAAGGUGUAGAUGGAGCAGUAGUCAUGCACUUAAAAACGUUCCAUGCUGUUACAAUCUCUUAACAUUCAAGAGAAUUUUGUUAUUGUGAAUAUGUGUGAUGUUGUUUGACACUCACUGUUACAUGUUUAUUAUCUGAAGUAAAAUAUUUUUUUUUAACUUUGUUUUAAAGGCCUGAAGUACAGUCUGAAAAAUAUUCAAUAGUGUUAAUAUGCAAAUCAUUCCACUGCAAGAAGUCUGUAAUUCGAUUUGUUCCUAGCCAUACAGUGAAAUAAGCCUAUUUACUUGUAUGUCCUUUUUGGUAUUAAUUUACAUCCUCUAAAAAGAUUUUAUAAUUUUACAUAAUAAAAUGUUUUGGCUGAUCUGUAGUAAAAUUGAGGUAUGAAAAAAUACUCAGGUAAUAAUUUGUAUGGCUUUUAACAAGAUAUUAUGUGAAUUUUUCAGAAGUUGAAGAAAGUCUUACUGUUUUUAUAUUCUUUGAUAUAGUCAGACGUUUGCUUGACUUGUUUUUAUAACUUGAUAUGUUAUCACGAGGAUCAAGGAAUGCUAUUCUAAUUGAAGGUUUUUAUCUGUCACUGAAUAAAAUUAAUUUCAUUUUGACAAAAUAAAAGCAAUUUAAAUUUGA